AUGGACGUGUUUGAUACUGACUCUGAUUACGCCAACCACCCGCCUCCCACGGACUCAGAGGCCGAGUACGAGCCGCUGCCCGUGUACGUUUCGUCGUCGACGUCGCUGGCCACCAUGAGCAAUAGGUCCGGACGGCCGCCUUCCAACAUGCUGCACUCUCGAAACGACUCGCGCGAGACGCUUCUUGAGAACGAAGACCUGGUCAACCAGGUGAUUCUGUUUGGUAUUUCCUCCACAGCGACCACCGAUCUCAACAGACAGCGCAAUUCGCUCAAAGAGCUGGGACUCAAAAGACUCUCUCCCAGGGAACACAUAGCCGUUGCUAUCUGCCGAGAUUUCUCGCUGUUGGUGAUAAUCAAAAACCUGGCUGUUCUGUGGCACUCCUGGUACACCAUGAUGUACGACGAGCCGUUCCAGAUCAACGUGACGUCUGUGCGAGCGUCAGAGUUCUUUCUUGCCGGAAUCUGGUGCAUGGUGUCUGGAUUUCUGUCGUACUCGAUUCUGGACGGACUCAUGGUGCGGUGGAUCGUGAUGCCUGAUCCGGCUGGUCCUGAUCCUGCGGCUGGAAGCCGUGAUGGAAAAAGAUUUGUAGAGCUUCCAGCACUCGGUUAUUUUUCGUACUCGACCCAAAUCCCCCUCGCACCUAAAAUAUUUUCAUCGAUUUUAAUUAAUUAUGGUCGUCCAUAUCCUCGGAAAGGCCAUCAAAGGCAAGGCCAAGGUCGACGUAAGUACCUUUCGCAGUUCUCACUAACUCCAGAUCGGACUCGCACACACAUUCUUCGGCGUCGGGCUCAAAACGGCCGAGAAAAUCUGCGCCAAGGUCGGCCUGUACCCCAGCAUGCGGAUGCACCAGCUAAACGAAACACAGGUGAUGGCGGUGACCAAGGAGCUCACAGACAUGACCAUUGGGUCGAGAUUGCUGCAGCAGGUCCGCUCCAACAUCAAGCUCAAGCGGGCGACCGGCUCGUACCAGGGUCUUAG